AUGAAGGUUCAAAGCAUAUCAAAACUGUCAGCUCAUUACAAUAGAAUUCAUAAGUCCACAGCACUCAAUCUGUUCCAUCUUCUAUUAACUCGUCCUACAAGUCUCUACAGAGCUGCACCUACCGUAGCAACAACAACCUGCCAUUUUUCAACAACUGCCAAUAAAGCUGGUAACUGGCUUCUACCCAGCGUACAUGAGGCGAAAAAAUCUAGCAAAGGGCGGCCUCGUGUGCCAACAGGUGGUUCAUCAAGAGGCACAGAAGUAAUUUAUGGCGAUUAUGGACUGAGAAUGUGCGAUCGCCAUCGGAGACUACCUGCUUCAGCGCUUAAGAUUGGAGAAGAUGCUAUCAAAGUUAGACUAAAAGGCAUGCGUUAUCGACUCUACAAAAGAGUUUGUGCUCAAAUAGGUGUCUACACUAAAGGAAAUGAGGUUCGAAUGGGAAAAGGAAAGGGCUCCUUUGAUUAUUGGGCAGCUAGAGUUGCUGUCAGUAAAAUAAUAUUUGAAAUAAAGGGUGAUGUCCAUGAACAAGUUGCGAGGGAUGCAUUCCGGCUGGCAGGAAACAAAAUGCCUGGUCAAUACGAAUUUGUCAAGAGAGGAGAUCCCCCAGUCGUUGGCAUCACAAAACUUGCAGGCGUAUCAUUGGAAGAGUUGAAGAAGCCAAGACGAAAAGUUCCUCUACCUAUGCCAGGAAAGAUAUCUCCCGAAACUUCGAUUACAACACAAUGA